AAACGCGGAAGGAAGAGUGAGAGAGAGAUAUUAGAGAGAGAGAGAGAGAGAGAGCGUGGAAGUGCUUUUUGAAUUUUCCCAAUCGCCCUUCAAUUCACUCCCAACAGAACCCAAACCCCAUUCCUUCAAUUCUAGAGAGAGAAUCUCCGAGAUCUACUCCCUCUCUUCACACAGAUCGUACCCUCCGUCUGGGUUUAGGGUUCGGUUUCGAUCGAUCCCUAUUCGAAUUCGAUUCACCUUCUUCCUCCUCCGUUUUUUGAUCCGUUUGGUUGACCUAUGGCGGCGAUCGAUGACUUGUCGGAGCUCGCUGAUUCGAUUCGCCAAGCCGCGGCGCUCCUCGCCGACGAAGACGUCGAUGACUCCAACUCCUCAUCUUCCAGACGGCCUUCCACUUUCCUCAACGUCGUCGCUCUCGGCGGUGUCGGAGCUGGUAAAUCCGCUGUUCUCAACAGUUUGAUUGGACAUCCCGUUUUGCCUACUGGCGAAAACGGAGCUACUCGGGCUCCUAUAUGCAUUGAUCUGCAGCGAGAUACUUCGUUGAGCAGCAAAUCGAUUAUCAUACAGAUUGACAAUAAGUCCCAGCAAGUCUCUGCAACUGCUUUAAGACAUUCGUUGCAGGACAGAUUGAGCAAGGGCUCCACGGGCAAGAGUCGGGAUCAAAUACUUUUGAAGCUACGCACUAGCACAGCACCACCUCUUAAGUUGGUUGAUUUACCUGGGUUAGAUCAGCGUAUCAUGGAUGGAUCGAUGGUUAGUGAAUAUGUGGAGCAUAAUGAUGCCAUUUUGCUAAUUGUUAUACCUGCAUCUCAAGCACCUGAAGUUGCUACAUCUCGUGCUCUUAGAGUUGCAAAGGAAUAUGAUAGCGAAGGUACCAGAACUGUUGGUGUUAUCAGUAAAAUUGAUCAAGCUGCAGCAGACCAGAAGUCACUAGCUGCAGUUCAAGCACUUCUAAUGAAUCAAGGUCCUCCAAAAGCAUCAGAUAUCCCUUGGGUUGCAUUGAUUGGUCAAUCAGUUUCAAUAGCUACAGCUCAGUCUGGAUCUGCUGGUUCUGAAAGUUCCUUGGAAACUGCAUGGAGAGCAGAGAGUGAAAGCCUCAAGUCCAUAUUGACAGGAGCUCCUCCGAGCAAGCUUGGAAGGAUAGCUUUGGUUGAUGCCCUGGCACAGCAGAUUCAGAAUCGUAUGAAGCUUCGGGUCCCUAACCUUCUUUCUGGGUUACAAGGAAAGUCCCAGAUAGUUCAGGAUGAAUUGGCGAGGCUUGGUGAGUCAAUGGUCACCACUUCAGAGGGUACACGUGCUAUAGCCUUGGAACUUUGCCGUGAAUUUGAGGAUAAGUUCCUACAACACAUUACCUCUGGCGAGGGAGCUGGUUGGAAAAUUGUUUCCUGCUUUGAGGGGAGAUUUCCUGAUAGAAUGAAGCAAUUACCUUUAGAUAGGCAUUUUGAUAUCAACAAUGUAAAGAGGAUUGUGUUAGAAGCUGAUGGUUAUCAGCCUUAUCUUAUUUCCCCUGAAAAGGGAUUAAGAUCAUUAAUCAAAGGUGUUCUGGAGCUCGCAAAAGAACCAUCUCGUCUUUGUGUUGAUGAGGUACACCGUGUCCUAAUAGAAAUUGUGUCUUCUGCUGCCAAUGCUACUCCUGGUUUAGGAAGAUAUCCGCCUUUCAAGAGAGAGGUUGUAGCUAUUGCUACUGCUGCACUAGAAGUGUUUAAGAAUGAAUCGAAGAAAAUGGUGGUUGCACUAGUUGAUAUGGAGCGUGCUUUUGUGCCACCACAACAUUUCAUUCGCCUGGUACAAAGGAGGAUGGAAAGGCAACGUCGAGAGGAUGAGCUGAAGGGCCGACCCUCCAGAAAAGGGCAGGAUGCAGAGCAAUCUAUACUUAAUCGGGCCACCAGUCCCCAAACUGGUGCAAGCAUGAAAUCAAUUAAGGAGGAUAAGGAUAAGGAUAAGGAGAAAGACAAAGACAAAUCAAGCCAGGCAGAGAAAGAAGGGCAAGAAGGCUCUGGUUUAAAGACUGCUGGACCUGAAGGAGAAAUUACAGCAGGAUUUUUGUUAAAGAAAAGUGCAAAAACUAAUGGUUGGAGCAGGCGAUGGUUUGUGCUUAAUGAGAAGACAGGAAAGCUUGGGUACACCAAAAAGCAAGAGGAAAGGCAUUUUCGUGGUGUUAUUACAUUAGAGGAAUGUAACAUUGAAGAGGUUUCAGAUGAAGGCGAUCCUCCACCAAAAAGCUCAAAGGACAAGAAGUCUAAUGGACCUGAUUCUGGCAAAGUCAACCUUGUAUUUAAAAUUACUAGCAGAGUUCCUUAUAAAACCGUUUUGAAAGCGCAUAGUGCUGUUCUUUUGAAGGCUGAGAGCACAACUGAUAAGGUUGAAUGGAUUAAGAAGAUAAGUAACGUUAUACAAGCAAAGGGAGGACAAAUAAGGCUUUCAUCUGAAGGCUCUACCAUGAGACAGAGCCUCUCUGAUGGUUCCUUGGACACCAUGGCUCGAAGACCUGCUGAUCCUGAGGAAGAACUCCGGUGGAUGUCCCAAGAAGUUCGUGGCUAUGUGGAAGCAGUUUUAAACAGUUUAGCUGCUAAUGUACCAAAGGCCAUUGUCCUUUGCCAAGUUGAAAAAUCUAAGGAAGACAUGCUGAAUCAAUUAUAUAGCUCUGUCAGUGGUCAAAGCACGGCUAAGAUUGAGGAGCUGCUUCUAGAAGAUCAAAAUGUAAAACGCAGAAGAGAGCGUAUCCAGAAACAAUCCUCGCUUCUUUCUAAAUUAACACGCCAAUUGAGUAUUCAUGACAACCGAGCAUCUGCUGCCUCUAGUUGGUCAAAUGGCAGUGCAGAGAGUAGCCCAAGAAGCAGCAGUGGACCAAGUGAUGACUGGAGAUCUGCCUUUGAUGCAGCUGCCAAUGGCCCUGUUAGCCGCAGUGGCUCAUCGAGAUCUGGAUCCAACGGUCAUACUCGACAUAAUAGUGAUCCUGCACAAAAUGGUGACUCUGGUUCAAACUCGGGAAGCCGUCGAACACCCAAUCGACUACCUCCUGCUCCACCAGGUUCCUCGGGUUACAGAUAUUAACGAAUAGCCGGCUGGUGAUUGCUUGACAAUUCAUGUUUUGAUACAUUUUUGGAGGGUGAGACUGCUCCCGCCCCAUUUCAUAUACCUUUGAGGAUAAGGUCGUCCAAUUCUUUGUUUCUGCCAGGGUAUUUAGGUUAUGAGGAAUGUUUGUGUAAAUAGAAGACUAGUUUGUUAGUAUAUAUGUUUUCCGGGCUUGUCUCAUUUCCGGGAAGUAUGGAGUAUCAACGCCGAACUUGAAUACAUUUAUCAUGUUUUGCUAUUCAAUAUUCUUUCUUUUUACACUUAUACCUUCUAAUGUUUCUUUUUCACUUAUGCUGGUUUUGGGAACUUGCACUCAUUUUUGUAUGCAAACGGUGUAUCAUGCUCUCCUAAGAUUGGAACAAUUGCCAAUGGGUUUAUUAGAAACAUUUGGAGUAUUUUAUUCA